AGUAGGAAGACGGCCAAACUUCUGACGCCCGAUUGCGUCAUGAAUUUUCUAAUUUCAGACACAAGGCCCUGUUCAAGAUUCUCCAAGUUCUGCCAUUUACGGGGUCUACGGAACGGAUACCCACGAUCUGAAAAUCAUGACAUUUCAUGGUGCAUGGACGAGCCUGUAAUCGCAGACACACAAUCGCAAUUUCGUCCGUAAUCAAAACUGACAUCCGGCGGCGACUACGAGGAAACCACUGCACAGCGGGCAAUGGCCUCCGUGCCAUCAUGAACUGUGAAGUCCAAAAGUCGGUCCUCUCCGCGGUGAGAAACAAUUACAAUGGCAAGUAUGCGUAACCGCGUACUUGCCAUUGUGAGCGAAGCGAGGACUUGCACUCAGAGAGCCGAGACUCCUACUGCGACCUAGCGUACUCCGUUCGGUGGUGUACGAGGAGGCGUCUGUACCGCAGUCAAGUGCACAGAAUUCCCGACUGCAGUCGCAGUCGGAAGAGCCGAUGACCUAAGCUUGCCAGAGUGGCUACACCCUUGGAUCCACAGGAUCCAGUGCUGUGGGGCGGGCAUGGGCGACUUCAGGUCUGGCAUGCUGGGGCGGAAAGGUGACCAUGGCUGGGGUUAUGGAUAGAUGGCGUGUGGUCCCUUCGCUAUACGCUCAAGGGAUUUGAGGAAUACGAGUCGAUAUCUGUGCAGCUGCCUAGAUGGGUUCUUUGUCCUGUUGGCAUCGUGGGCUAAAAUCAGAGAAGGCGAACAACGAUGGGGCUGGGGGAAAAUUAAAGAAAUUCGACCUAUUAGAGACAACGACAAAGGGUUGCCUAUCUUGGCAUCUUUGCACGUUAGACGAGUUCGCGGCCUGCACUAACAUUGGGCAUUAAUUCGAGUCCAGAGGCGGGCAGGGCGAUAUAAGCAUACAGUCUUUGGAAGACUAUAUAUCGGCUGAGCCUCCCAGACAGUCAUAUCCUACGCUUCUGCCUUCCUCUUCGGCUCGUCGAGCUCGAGAAAAGAGCUCUAGCAGCUCUCACUGUCAGUUGGUCGGAUCGUCGAGAGCUCUUGCGUGCGAGCUCGUUGGGAGAUUGCAAGUUAGCAAGAUGGGAAAGGAGAAAUUUCACAUCAACAUCGUGGUCAUCGGACAUGUCGACUCCGGAAAGUCGACGACGACGGGUCACUUGAUCUACAAGCUGGGAGGAAUCGACAAGCGAGUGAUCGAGAGGUUCGAGAAGGAGGCGGCGGAGAUGAACAAGAGGUCGUUCAAGUACGCGUGGGUGCUGGACAAGCUGAAGGCUGAGCGCGAGCGCGGUAUCACGAUCGAUAUCGCUCUGUGGAAAUUCGAGACGAACAAGUACUACUGCACUGUGAUCGACGCCCCUGGACACAGGGAUUUCAUCAAGAACAUGAUCACGGGGACGUCGCAGGCUGACUGCGCCGUGCUGAUUAUCGACUCGACGACGGGAGGGUUCGAGGCCGGAAUCUCCAAGGACGGGCAGACCCGCGAGCACGCGCUGCUGGCCUUCACGCUGGGAGUGAAGCAGAUGAUUUGCUGCUGCAACAAGAUGGACGCGACGACGCCCAAGUACUCCAAGGGAAGGUUCGAGGAGAUCUCGAAGGAGGUGUCGAACUACCUGAAGAAGGUUGGGUACAACCCCGAUAAGAUCCCGUUCGUGCCCAUCUCCGGGUUCGAGGGCGACAACAUGAUCGAGAGGUCGACGAACCUGGACUGGUACAAGGGGCCGACUCUGCUGGACGCGUUGGACAACAUCUCCGAGCCCAAGAGGCCGUCGGACAAGCCCCUGAGGCUGCCGCUGCAGGACGUGUACAAGAUCGGAGGAAUCGGAACCGUGCCGGUGGGGCGGGUGGAGACGGGAGUGAUCAAGCCCGGCAUGGUGGUGUGCUUCGCGCCCACCGGUCUGACGACGGAGGUGAAGUCGGUGGAGAUGCACCACGAGGCGCUGCUGGAGGCGCUGCCCGGUGACAACGUCGGGUUCAACGUCAAGAACGUGGCGGUGAAGGACCUGAAGCGUGGGUUCGUGGCCUCGGACUCGAAGAACGACCCCGCGAAGGAGGCCGCCAACUUCACGUCGCAGGUCAUCAUCAUGAACCACCCGGGCCAGAUCGGCAACGGGUACGCGCCGGUGCUGGACUGCCACACCUCGCACAUUGCUGUGAAGUUCGCCGAGAUCUUGACCAAGGUGGACCGACGGUCUGGUAAGGAGAUCGAGAAGGAGCCUAAGUUCCUGAAGAACGGUGACGCCGGGUUCGUGAAGAUGAUUCCGACCAAGCCCAUGACGGUAGAGACGUUCGCCGAGUACCCGCCCCUGGGUCGUUUCGCCGUGCGCGACAUGAGGCAAACGGUGGCCGUCGGUGUCAUCAAGGCCGUCGAGAAGAAGGAGCCCACCGGCGCCAAGGUCACCAAGGCCGCCGCCAAGAAGAAGUAGUCACUAACGCCUGACGAGCUACUUCACAGUUUUGACACUACCAUUAUCUUCCAUUGUUCGUCAUUUCCCAGACAGGGUCGAGCUGGUCGGAACCAAAGUUGGGUGCUGGACAGGCGGUGGCAAGGCUUAGAUGAGGUGGUUCCCGGUGGCUUAGUCGCAUUCGUAGGAUCAGUAGGUGUCUCGCCUAAAUUCAGGUCGCUCGAUUUCAAGCAGAGCUUGUUCGCAUUACAUUUCGUUACCCAUUGCAUUGGAGGAGUCGAUUCAUCAUUUACCAGAGAAGGACCGGGAAAGAGCAAGAACGAUGAGACGUGUUUCUCUUAGUCGGAGAAUAUCGAAAACUUUCUCUCAAAAUGAACGUCAGCGAGCUACAACUACUUUGCAGAAGAGGAUGGAGGAAGGGGCAGCCAUAGUGCAGUUUUGGAAGACAAGACGGACUGGAGAUUUGUAAGCCAGGAUAGGAAAUAGAACCGGGAAAUAGCAAGAGGUUACAGUGGGAUGCACGGACAAGCUGUCUGAGAGCAGUUCUAGGAAUGUUUGAGAUCGAAGACCUUCAAAACAGAGGAUUUGGAAUAAAUUAUUCACAGCUGGAUCAUACAUAUCGUCGCCUC